AUGAGAGAAUUCGAAGUGCCUUGUAUAAACUGUGGAGAUUAUGGCGAAGGGACUUUAGCUGAUGGUUAUACUUCUUUGGACCAAGUCUCAAAAAUUGCUCAGUUUUACUUAAAUGGACAACGAAACCACGGAGAGAAUUUACGUGAUGCAUUGGCUUUUUUGUUUUCUCACUACUUUUUGUUAAGAGGAGAAUCGAUUAGAAAUGCCGAAUUGACAGAUUUCCAAACGAUGAACUUGGAUUCUGAAAGUGUUCGACCUGAUAUCAAGUGUCCUGCUUUAGUUAUGAUAUUAAGACAAGGAGAAACAAACAAAAAUUAUCGUCUUGAACUGACAGGCUGUAUCCGUAGCACCCAAGUAGAGAUUUGCCCCUAUUAUGAUUUUUGGCUUUUAUUCAAAUCAAGUGACUCUGAUACAACUAAAGUAUGGGCUUAUGCCAGCCACCGUGAUGCAGUAGCCAGAGGAUUAGAGGGGGCCCAAAUAUUUACUAAGAAAAAGACACAUAUUAAUCGUGGAUCUGCAGCAAGAAUGGCCGACUUAGCUGGAGUAAAUGAAGACCAAAUCAGGCGCCUAGGUAGAUGGAACAAUACAACCAUGAACGGUGCUUAUUUGACUGGAUUACCAAGAGAAACUUGUCACAUGCCAAGCGAGUAUAAGCCUAAAACAUUAGUUUACCUGGAGGAUCAGGGUAGAACAAAUAUCACUACAACAGCCAUACCUCAACAAAGCGAACCCAAUUCAUUUUCCGGCAUUAAUGCGAUGGAUCAUUCACAGACUUUUCAUGACAAUAUCAACAGUAAUGUUGUACCCUGUUAUCGUAUGAAUCGAGGAAUUGUUUCCGUCAAUGAUUUGUGGCAUGAAUAA